AUGCCUUCUCAUGUUAACUUGGCUGUUUCUAAUCUUCAAAGAGAUAAGGAUCGCCUUAUAAAGAUCACUUACUUUUUUACAUUUGGCGAUUUACCAGAUAUUGUGAUUGAUGCUAAAGGACUAUUGGUAGCUCCAGGAUUUAUUGAUGUACAGAUCAAUGGGGCUUUUGGUGUGGACUUUUCUCAAUGUCAAAAUGAAGAAAAAAUGAGGAAAGGAAUAGGCAAUGUUGCAAGAGGAUUGAUGAAAUACGGUUGUACUAGUUUUGUUCCGACAAUUAUUAGCUCAGGGAUAGAAGUAUAUCAAAAGAUUCCCAUACUAUUUCAUUCGUUUAUUUCAUGGAGCAGUUAUUUCAAUUAUUGCAAAGGCGUCCACGUCGAAGGUCCAUUUAUUAUGCCAAGUAAACGUGGCGCCCAUGAAGAAUCUCAUCUUCGUGUUGCUUCUAGCGGUUUUUCAGAUUUUGCAAUGGUUUAUGGAUUGAAUUCUGAAGGAAAAGAUCAAAUAGUCAAGAUCGUAACUGUCGCACCGGAAGUAGAAGGUGUUUUAGAUAGUGUGGAAGAUCUGGUUCGUGCGGGUAUUACAGUCAGCUUAGGUCAUUCUUCUGCUACUAUUGCUCAAGCGGAAUCAGCUGUUGAAAAAGGAGCUCGAUUUAUUACACAUUUAUUUAAUGCCAUGCAACAGUUUCAUCAUCGUGAUCCUGGUAUAAUCGGUCUACUUGGUACAACACGCAUCCCACGUCCAUAUUAUGGUAUCAUAUGUGAUAGUAUUCAUGUGCAUCCAAAUUCUAUUAAAAUGGCUUAUGAUUCUCAUCCUGCUGGAGCAGUUCUUGUUACUGAUGCUAUGGCAGCCAUGGGAUUGCCUCUAGGAGAUUAUACUCUAGGUGAUAUUCCGGUUCGUAAGGUUAAUGAUGAACGAGUUGAAGUUAUUGGUGACGGACGACUUGCUGGAUCAGUCAUUACUAUCGAUGCUUGUGUUAGGAAUUUUAGAAAAUUCACAGGAUGUACAAUUGUUGAAGCUGUUGAAGCAGCAACAUUACAUCCGGCAGAAUUGUUAGGAAUACAAAACAUUAAGGGAACGUUGAAUGUUGGAGCCGAUGCAGAUUUAGUAUUUCUAGAUGAUGAUCUUAGGGUUGUGAAGUGUUUUAUUGCUGGGGAAGAAGUUGACAUUUGA